AAUCAAACGCGCUGUGUUUGGUGAAGUGUUAGCCAGCCACAUUUGAAGUUACAUUCGCGAGACUUUAUAGUUUGUUUUGCUCCGUAUUUAAUCGCAGUUAUCUUCACACAACAUAGAACCGGCUUUUGAACCGAGUUAAAUUGCGAUAGCGUUGAAAACGUUACGUGAAAUAUUUAUGUAGCCACAAAUAUCAGCUCUCGUCAACCGGCCGACGUAACGUUAGCUGCUAGCUAGCGAGGGUAAAGCGACCUGCUUGAGAGCUACUCUGGGUUUAAACUCUGGAUAAAUUAUCGCGCAGUUGCUCUCGGUCAUCGUGCAAUAACAUAUUUAGAAAAUGGACUCCUCUGCUAGGCUCAAGCAGACGAAGGACAUGAAAAUUCAAAGGCCUGAGUUGAAGACAAAGGAUUAUGGGCCAAAGCGGGUUCCUGUGUCACAACAGCCACAGGCGGCUAUAGUCACGCCAACUCCUCAUCAGCGAGUCCUCGGCGUGUCAAAUGGGCCUCAGCGCAUUCAGCGGCCUCUGAGCCAUCAGAAGUCAGCGUCUCACGUCUCCACUGCUGUCAAAUCCAUGGAUCCUGUUGAUCAGAAUGUGAACCCCGCUGCUCAGAAUGGAAGUCGUGCACCACAACCCAUGCGUAUUUCCCAGCAAAACCAACAAGACAAAGACAAACCAAAGACAGCUGUGCCCAAGGUGAAGCCAGAGCCGGCCAAACCACCACCAUCAGAACCUGCAAAGCCAGAGAAGCCACAGAACAAACCUGCCAAGAACGAUUCUGCAUCAAGCAAGCGGUGGAGUCUGGAGAAUUUUGACAUUGGCCGUCCCUUAGGAAAGGGUAAAUUUGGCAAUGUCUACCUGGCCAGAGAGCGACAAAGUAAGUUCAUCUUGGCCCUGAAGGUGCUUUUCAAGAACCAGCUAGAGAAGGCUGGAGUGGAGCACCAGCUGAGGAGGGAAGUGGAGAUCCAGUCUCACCUCAGGCACCCUAACAUUCUCCGCCUCUACGGUUACUUCCAUGAUGCGUCUCGUGUGUAUCUCAUCCUGGAGUUUGCACCCAAAGGUGAACUGUACAGCGAGCUACAGCGCUGUGGAUUUUUUCCUGAGGCCAGAAGUGCCACAUACAUUAUGGAGCUGGCAGAUGCCCUCAACUAUUGUCACUCCAAGAAGGUGAUCCACAGGGACAUCAAACCAGAAAACUUGUUGCUGGGGGCCAACGGGGAGCUGAAGAUUGCAGAUUUCGGCUGGUCUGUUCACACACCCUCGUCUAGGAGAUCCACGUUGUGCGGAACGCUGGACUACUUGCCUCCAGAGAUGAUUGAGGGAAAAACUCAUGAUGAAAAGGUCGACUUGUGGAGUCUGGGCGUCCUUUGCUACGAGUUCCUGGUUGGAAAACCCCCCUUUGAGACAAGAAGUCACGAGGAGACCUACCGCAAGAUAUCAAGGGUGGAGUACUCUUACCCUCCACAGGCCAAUAUCAGUGCUGAAGCCAAAGACUUGGUUGCCAGGCUGCUGAAGCACAAUCCUAUGCACAGACUGCCCAUUCAGGGUGUCCUGUCCCACCCUUGGGUGGUCGAGAAGUCCACCAAGAAGCCCACAACCCUGAACACUGAAGAACCCAGCCAGUGAGCUUUUUUCUUCCCCUCCACCCAACAUCUGAGGUCUGUAAGUAUGGGGGCGGAGGGGUGCCAAACAGGCUGGACAAAGUAGUGCAGAUGAUUUAUCAGAACCUGCUUGUUCUACUAUACUGACUACAAUCUCUCUUGAUUUGGAUGAUUUCUGCAGGCAUCUUGGGCCACUUGGUUAUCCUUCUGUGUCUUUUAUCUCCUUUUCCUUUCCUGUCCAGUGGCAUUCUAUUGCCUGUAAAUAUUUCACUGUUUUUGUGUAAUUAUGAAAAUUUUAUUGAGCUUUUCUAGAAUGCCAUUACUUGAAAUAAAAGAUAACUUAUCUUUCGUGGGAAUAUGUAAGAAGCAGUCGAUGUCUGUCAGUGAAAAGUGUUUUUCGUUUUGUCUUCUGUGCAUUUCAAGCUCUGUCUUCAGUUCUUGAUAAAACAAGACUUUGCACAAAUUUCCUGUGAGCUAAAUGCUUCCAAUAAUCUCCCCACAUUUUUAUUGAGCUCCUUUAGUGGCACGCAGCCAGCAGAGGGCACCAGCAAACCACUAGAGUGUAAUCGGGAGAUCAUUACAGAUUUUAUGUAGUAUUAAUUUCACUGUUAAUAAAUCUGUACCACACACUUCACA